UUGUUAGCUCAACAAGUCUAAAAUGCCCGGGGAUCUACCUUGCUGAUAAGAUGGACGUUUUCACGCCCUUCGUCUUCUGGGCGCAGACGGAAAAUAAGAUUACCCUCAAGAUUGAUCUGACCAACGUCAAGGAUCCUGAUGUGUAUCUUGAAGAUAAGAAGCUUAAAUUCUCCGCGUACGGGCAAGGUGCUAGAGGCUCAAAUAAAUAUGGGUUUACACUGGAUUUACAUUCAGAAAUUGAUCCUGAUGACAGCGAUUAUAAGGUGAUCGAUAGGCAGGUGGAUUUUGUGUUAAAAAAAAGGUCAAAAAGCUGGUGGCCAAGAUUAACGGGUCAGCCACAAAAGCCAUCCUGGCUCAAAAUUGAUUUUGACAAAUGGAAGAGUGAAGAUACGGAUGAUACAGAAGAAGUUAUGCGUGAUAUUUGUCAGGAUUAUCCUGAUCUCUAUGACAGAGUACAUUUAGAGGAAUUGGGUUAUAGGAAAGAGGACAUGAAGAAAGUUUACCUGAUAUUUUAUAAUUUGUUCCAAUGUAUUGGAUUCAUAUACGUUGUUUCUGUGAUGGCUAUAAGAUAUUAUCGUGAUGGUCCAGAUUCAAUGAAAGAAACUUACGAAGCUGUUGGUAAUCCCAUGAAAUUUAUACACUUACUUCAAUUUUUAGAAGUUAUGCAUCCCUUAUUUGGAUACACAAAAGGCAGCUGUUUUAUUGCUUUUCUACAAGUUGGUGGUCGUGCAUUUAUAUUAUUUUUCAUGAUUGAAGCUGAAGAGAGAAUGCAGACUAAACCAGUUGUUUUUUACCUUUUCUUAGUAUGGACUAUAAUAGAAGUUGUUAGAUAUCCCUAUUACAUUACACAUUUAUUGGAUAUUGAAAUGCCUACUUUGACAUGGCUUAGAUAUACUAUAUGGAUGCCAUUGUAUCCACUUGGAUUUGUAUUUGAAGGGAUAAUUGUUCUUAGAAAUAUUCCUUACUUUGAGGAAACUGGUAAAUUCAAUGUUAGUUUGCCAAAUUCGUGGAAUUUCGCGUUUCAUUUUCCAACUUUUAUGAAAAUUUACUUGCUCAUGCUGUGUAUACCAGGCAUGUUUGCUAUGAUGUCACAUAUGAACAGUGUUCGUUACAAGAAACUUAGUAAACCAAAAAUUAAAAAAAAAAACCAAUAAUUCACAUCAGGGAUAGCUUUUAAAAGUUGUAAUCAAUUUUUAAGUAUAAUUUUAGAGCAAAAAGUUGAAAGUUUAAUUAACUUUGUAAGUGAGUCAAAAUUUUUUAAGAACAUUUAACAAGACAAAACAAUUUGUUAUUAAUUCUAGAAAGCUAAAAAGGAGCUGUAAAAUAGGGUCCUAAAAUAAUCGUAUCAAUAAAUGUUGUUAACAAUCGAUAUUUUUUACAAGUUUCUUGUAAAAAUCAAUAUUGUAAUAGUGAUAGAACUUUUCUAAAGUAUUUCAACUCUUUCCAACUAAAAUGUAUUAACUUCACAUAUUGUUAUUAAUAACAGAAGAUGCAUUUAGCUAUUAAAGAACAAAUUAUUUUAUCAAGUAAGUUUUAUGAAAAACAUUGUAUCCAAUAAAUCGUAUUAUAUAUCGAUUUUGAAACAGUGAUCAAAUUUUGGAACUAAUAAUUCAUAUUUGUAUAUUGAGCACGUAAUGUAAUAAAAAAUUUAAAUAAUUAUGUUAUGAAAUACUGUUAUUGUAUUGUCUACCAAUGUGUUCUUAUAAACAUGUAAAAAUAUUGAAGAUGAUUAACAAAAAAUCAAAGAUACGAGUGUACCCUAUUGUAGUAUGUAUUUAAAAGGCUACUUAGUUAUAAGUAAACUACGUUAUUACAUAUUUCUAAGUGGGCUAUUUAAAAAUUUGUAAAGA